AUGCUGCUGUCCGUCCACUCGGUACUUCUACUCGGCACAAUCGCGAGCGCACAGUUUCCGAAGAAACCAGAUGGCCUUACUUUACUUCGAUCUCGUUUCAACGACAGCGUAACAAUCAGCUACAAAGAAACACACAUCUGCGAAACGACACCAGGCGUGCGGUCCUUCGCUGGCUAUGUAUCCCUACCUCCUAACACGACCACCGAAUUGGGCAUCAACCAAUCUUUUCCCAUCAACACUUUCUUUUGGUACUUUGAGGCCCGCAACGAUCCCCAGAAUGCACCGCUAUCUUUGUGGUUCUCCGGCGGUCCAGGCAGCUCAUCGUUUACAGCUAUCUUGUCCGAGAACGGACCAUGUUGGGUGAACGCAGACUCCAAGACGACGAGGUUGAAUGAAUGGAGCUGGAACACCGAUGUGAAUAUGCUGUACAUCGACCAGCCCGUUCAGCCUGGCUUGAGUUUUGAUGGACUGCACAACAUCACGUAUGAUUUGCUAUAUGACGAGACUACUCUCUUGAACGACACAUCGCCGAUCCCAGCGCAAAAUGCAACAUUCGUGGUGGGCACUGGGCCGAGUGGGAAUGAGAAUAAGACAGCCAUUGGAAGUGUUGCUGCAGCUGUGCACGUUUGGCACUUUCUACAAGUCUGGACCCGGGAGUUUCCAGAGUACAAGACGAGCGACAGUCGCAUCAGCCUGGCGGCAGAAUCAUACGGCGGUAAACACGGACCAGAGUUCUUUUACUUCGUCCAAAAGCAGAAUGAGAAGAUCGCAGCAACCACGUGCAGCACGAUAUGUCCGCUGCAGAUCCUCAAUCUCGACACUCUGCUCAUCGUCAAUGGAUGCGUUGGCGAUGUGCAAUUGCCGUCGUUUCCGCAAUUUGCAUACAACAAUACUUACGGCAUCCAGGCAGUCAACAAGACUACGUACGACAACAUGACAUUCAGCUACACGAGGAAGGAUGGCUGCAAAGAUCAGGUGGAACAGUGCCAAAUGCUCUCUAUCCAGUAUGACCCGGACUUAGUGGGCAUCAACGACACCGUCAACGACAUCUGCCACGACGCUUACAUCUUUUGCGAACAAUACGUAAAAGCUCCUUAUCAUGACUCUGGACGCAAUUGGUACGACGUGACUGCGUUAGAUCCAGUCUCGAUGACCCCGCCGUUUUUCCGGGGGUACAUGCAGAAUCCAUUCAGCGGUCACGCCGACCAGGUUGCCUAUGCGUUCAGUGCCAUGGGCGACGCUUAUCGGCCUGGUCAUCUCGACAAGCUGGCCUACCUCUUGGAUCACGGCAUCAAAGUUCAAUUCAUGUAUGGAGACAGGGACUACAUUUGUAACUGGAUUGGGAACUUCUCGUUCGCCCGCGUGUAUCAGGCGGGCCAUGCUGUACCCUUUUCGCAGCCAGAAACUGCAUACCGGAUCUUCUCUCGCGCCCUCCGAGGUCAAGUCAUAGCUACUGGCAAAAGCUCGGCCAGCGUCGAUGGAGAACCAUAUGCAAGCAAAGGCCCGAGCAGCACCUGGCAGUUCAAGAAUGAUCCUCCAGCGCAGCAUAUCCAGGCCGUCUGCUACACAUGGUACGCACCAAAGACUUGCACAGAUGAGCAACUGUACAGUCUCGGUAAUGGUACUGUGCUGGUUCAAGACUAUAUUCUGGUUGACAAGAAUGCGACGCAGCUGUAUCCAGACAUUGUCGGAGGUGGCGAUAUAAGAGAAACCGGCUUCAUGCGAUAG